AUGACAUCAAACGCUCUAGUCCUCUUCAAACCCAAACAGAAGCGCCGCUUCUACGAGCCCAUCGUGCUCUUCAAGGCCCUCACAGAGAUCACUCACGAGGAAGGCUCCCUAGGUCUCCCCGAGGCUCCACCCAGACCGCGGACAGAGGAACAAAGAUUCCACCAGUUUGUCCACAAACUCGCCGGCGUCUGCGACAGCACCAGGGGCGGAAAGACAGUCACUUCGUUUGCUGUCCUUGAGCAUGAGGAUAGGUUCGUCUACGUCUUUGGGUGUAACCAGGUGUGCAGUCUGGACUUGAUCAAGACACAAAAGUUUGUGACUGAGUUAUUGGAGACCUUGUCUGGCUUUCAUCAGCUUGAUGAAACUGCUCAGGGUCCGGUGAGGAGGGCUGUCUUGGAGAUGAUCUUGGCGUUUAAUAUGCCGAGGUUGGACAUUUAUCUCAAGAGCCUUAAGGGGCAGUUAGAAGAGUGUCUAGAGUUCUGUGGGCGCCAAACAGAUCAAAGCGAGCUUCUAGACCUCCCAUCAUACAAUCGCUUCCUGCAAGCUCUCGACGUCUUCUUAACCCCCCAAACCAAGGCAUUUGUUGACGAACGUGCCCUGAGAGGACGCAUCCAAGACGGGAGAAGCUUCGAGUGCUGGUCUGAGCUGAGACACAACCUCUCUCGUCUUCGAAACUACCAAACCGCGGUGCAGAACCUCAUCGACACGGAAAAGGAGUGGCCGGAGUUGUUCCAGGAAGUCGAGGUGAUACCCAUCUCAUCGAGCAAAGCGGAUCCCAACCCCCUCGGCAGGAAGAGUGGGGCCGCCGAUGCUAUCAUCGGUCGUAUGGAGGACGAAAACGCCAAGAGAGAGAGGUAUCUCGGGGUUGCUCUGGAAUUACAGCGGAUGCAGUUUGAUGAUCGCAUCCAGAAGCAGUGCCAAUUGGACAGCUUCACGCCCUUUGUGCACUCCGAAAUACUCGUCCUUGAAUGGGUAAUGUCUAAUGCUUCUAGACUGGAGCUUGGCUUUUUCCAUGGAUGGAAGUACAUUGGGAGUAGCAAGGGAGCCUGCAGGUUGUGCCACUACUACUUCGAAACGCCAGGUCAACACGGCGGUAUCAAGACACGGUCCAGCCACGGGAAUCUUUACGUCAACUGGAGGUUUCCUGACUUGUACGAAGAAGACGGGCCAGAGGGGAAAGCACGCCGGCAGGAGAUCUUUAACUGGAUGAUGAACAGGGUGCGAGACGAUGCGUUCCAGACAAUGGAGAGCAGGGCGUCGACUGGAAAGAGGCACGACUCUAGCACGCAUACUCUCAUGUCAGUGCGGCAUACUGAUGCGCAGACAGAUGUGGGAGCUCGUGAUUUAGCUGAUGUGGAUGAGUUGGGAGAGCAGCUUGAGAGGGGUCUCAACUUGGAUGACUCCCCCACGACUGACAGCCCAGAAGACUCGGGAUCAGAUGACGAUGAAGAAGGUGGUACCAGUCUCUUCUGA